CGCUUCUUCAAACCCUCCUUCUCAUUUCCAACUUUCUCUCUCUAAACUCCCUUUCACAAUCCCCUUUUUUCGUCUCUCUUCAAACCCUAAUCACCAAUAUGGAACUUGCAGAGAUUAACCUCAUAGGCGAUUUCGAAGCCGGAAUGAAAUGCUUACAAAACCCAUCUUUACUUUCUAAACUUUCUUUAAUCGAUAAAAUUCCUCAAUUGUGUAGCUUCUGGACAUGGGGUGCUUUGAUUCUUGCUGUUUUUGCUACCUUCACUAGUGUAUUUAAUAGAAUUAAGCUGUGUUUAUAUCAGAUCCGUCUCAAAUUAUUAACUUCUUGUCAGAAAUCUUGCCCCCAACAAAUUUUUGGCGAUGAUGAUUUUGACUUUUCCGAUGACGACGCCGACGAUGAUACGCCGUCUUCGGUGGCUGAGUCCGAUGAUGAUCAAGAUUUGGAUUCUGAGGACGAUCGUGUCGAUGAAGUUUUCCGGGCUGAGGGUUCUAGUUAUUGGGGGAAUAACAGAGGAUCUGAUGGUAAUUUCACUCUCCGGCGGCGAAACGGGUUUUCCUGGUCGGAUUUUUCUGCCGGAAAGAGUGUUGUACAGCUGUGGGAUAGUUUCGGUUUAGGUUUAGAUUUUGAAGACGAUGAAUCUGAGUACGGAAGUGAAAUCGCCAUCUGGGAUUUGGAUCGGGAUGUGAAAAUUAGCUCCGGCAGACGGUGCCAGGUUGCGGCGGCGGCGGAGAAUGUAGUAUUGACGGCGGAGAUGAAUGAUAGUAACGGCGGAGUAGGUUUUGGUACAUAUGAUUCAAGGGUGGACGGCAAGUCUCCGGCUAUCUACGCUGCGUGGCGGCCACGGCAGCGGAAAAUUUAGUCGGACAACGGAGGCGUUACCGGCGGUCAGAAGUCGGAAUGAACGCAUGAUUGUUGCGAUCUCUGUUGUUCAUCUGUAAAAAAGGACGACACGGUCCACCUUAUAAUGAAUGAAACGCUGUCGUUCCUC